AUGUUUACAUUCACUCCGCUCCUUGGGGCGCAGUCCUCAAAAUCAAGGGCGUCGCAAUCGAUUCUGGAGUUGGACGGGGGCAUCAAGAUUCUUGUGGAUGUUGGUUGGGACGAUACGUUUGACCCUCUGGAUCUGGCAGAAUUGGAGAAGCACAUCCCAACCCUCUCGCUGAUCCUUCUGACACACGCGACCCCGGCGCACAUCGGUGCUUUUGUCCACUGCUGUCGAACGUUCCCUCUCUUUACCCAGAUCCCCAUCUACGCGACAAACCCCAUUAUCGCCUUUGGCCGUACACUGUUACAGGAUCUAUAUGCUUCAGCGCCGCUCGCUUCUACCUUUCUUCCGAAUGCUUCAAUUUCAGAGCCCGGCGCGUCCACUUCGGCUGCGUCCGCGGCAGCUGCUGGCAGUACAGGCCAGAUCCUUCUUCAGCCCCCGACUGCCGAGGAAAUCGCACGGUAUUUCUCUCUCAUUCAGCCACUCAAGUAUUCGCAACCGCAUCAGCCGCUUGCAUCCCCAUUUUCGCCACCACUGAACGGCCUUACCCUUACCGCUUACAAUGCUGGACAUACGGUUGGUGGAACAAUAUGGCACAUUCAACAUGGACUGGAAUCAAUUGUCUACGCGACGGACUGGAACCAGGCGCGUGAAAGCGUCGUGGCGGGUGCUGCAUGGUUUGGUGGCGCUGGCGCUAGCGGAACAGAAGUCAUUGAACAGUUGCGGAAACCGACGGCUUUGGUCUGCAGUGCCAAGGGAGGCGAUAAGUUUGGGCUGUCCGGGGGUCGGAAGAAAAGAGAUGACCACCUUCUUGACAUGAUUCGGAGCAGUCUCGCAAAGGGCGGCACUGUGCUUAUCCCAACGGACACGAGUUCACGGGUCCUGGAGCUGGCAUAUGCGUUGGAACAUUCAUGGCGCGAUGCUGCGGCAAGUGAAAAAGACGAUGUGCUUAACGGUGCUGGACUGUACUUGGCCGGCAGGAAGGUCAACACGACAAUGAGAUUGGCCCGGAGCAUGCUGGAGUGGAUGGACGAAAACAUCGUUCGUGAAUUCGAAGCGGCCGAAGGUGCCGAUACCAGAACAGGCGGACAGAAUCAGGAUAAAGCCAGCAGCAAGGGGACUGGCCCUUUCAAUUUCAAGCACCUCAAGACCAUCGAGCGCCAAAAACGCCUCGAGAAGCUGCUUGGAGACCCCGGUCCCAAAGUCAUUCUUGCUUCUGAUACAUCAUUGGCUUGGGGCUUUUCCAAACAUUCUCUUAGGCGGAUUGCUGAAGGCCCUAACAAUCUGCUGCUGUUGACCGAAUCAUUUCACAAAGAAAAGAUUGAAGAAUCAGUGGAGGAGAGCCAAGAUAUUAUGUCACUCGGAAGCAUUAUCUGGCAGUGGUAUGAAGAACGGAGAGACGGUGUAGCCCUGGAGAAAGCAUCGGAUGGCGAAAUGCUUGAGCAGGUCCACAGCGGCGGACGAGAUCUGACCUGGACAGAUAUACAACGGUCUCCGCUUGAUCCCGGUGACCAGUUGCUCUAUCAACAGUACCUCGCUACCAAACAACUUCAAGAUACAUCUCAAGCGCGGGGCCAGGAAAACCUUGCGAAUGCAGCGGAUGCGCUUGAUGAUCGUUCCAGCUCAACAUCAUCGGAAGACUCGGAUUCGGAGCAGCAAGGCAGGGCGCUGAAUUUCUCGACCUCGCUCGCCCACUCGAAUCGAAAUAAGCUCGCUCUCAGCGACCAGGAUCUUGGUAUUAAUAUUCUUCUUCGACGCAAAAAUGUGUAUGAUUAUGAUGUGCGUGGCAAGAAGGGCCGCGAGCGAAUGUUCCCCUAUGUGGCGCCCAGAAAGAAGGGCGAUGAAUACGGAGAGUUCAUCAGACCUGAGGAGUAUCUUCGAGCGGAGGAACGGGAAGAAAUUGAUAUGCAGCAACGCCGCACAGAAGCUGAGACCAAACUAGGACAGAAGCGGCGAUGGGAUGAAACCCCAGGGGCCAAUGGACGCAGGCUAUCUCGCGAUGCUGGUCGAAAACGCCAACAGCUGUCUCGAGACGGCCGGAAGGGAGGCUCCAGCGCCGCCGAUGACCUCAGCCUUGCCUCCGACGGUGAAGCUGCGGAUAUCGCUGCAUCUUCAGAGGAUGACGCCGACGCUCAGGUGUUUGAAGGUCCUGCGAAGGUUGUGUAUACCAAGGAGACAAUCACGAUCAACGCUCGACUCGCCUUCAUUGACUUCAUGGGUCUGCACGACAAGCGCAGCUUGGAAAUGCUAAUCCCGCUCAUCCAACCGCAAAAGCUGAUCCUUGUCGGCGGGAUGAAGGAAGAAACCUCAGCGUUAGCAGCUGAGUGCAAGAAGCUCUUGGCAGCCAAAGCUGGUAUCGAUGUCUCUGCUCCUGCCGCCGACUCACUUGCCAUGAUUUUCACACCGGCCAACGGCGAAGUCAUUGACGCAAGUGUUGACACGAACGCAUGGAUGGUCAAGCUGAGCAAUAGUCUCGUCCGGCGUCUGAACUGGCAACACGUCCGUAGCUUGGGUGUUGUGGCUCUGACAGCUCAGCUACGCGGUCCUGAGAUUUCUCUUUCCGAUGCAGAAGAUGAGAUCGCAGAGACAGCCAAGAAGAUGAAGCAGCUCAAAGACGAGGCCGCUUCCUCGGCCGUUGCUCCGACCUUGGAUGGCGUCAAGCUGACCGCCGAGAAAGCGGACGUAUAUCCUUUGCUCGAUACUCUGCCCGCGAAUAUGGCCGCGGGGACGCGCUCUGUGACUCGACCUCUCCAUGUGGGCGAUUUGCGACUGGCUGAUCUCCGUAAGCUCAUGCAGGCUGCCGGGCACACGGCGGAGUUCCGUGGUGAGGGUACACUACUGAUUGAUAAGUCAGUGGCGGUGCGCAAGUCUGGUACCGGCAAGAUUGAGGUUGAAGCGGCGGCGCAGUCGGCCACGAAUCAAGCCGCCUUGGGGCGUGGUGCGGGGAGCUUCCUUGCUGUCAAACGGAAGAUCUAUGAGGGUCUGGCUGUGGUUUCUGGUGGUUGA